CUACACACACACACAUAUAUACUUUCUCUCUCUACAUAUUCAACCGUACCUUUUCUCUUUUCCCUUUUCCUCUCUUUCUAAAAAGCUGCUGAUCGUCUAACUCUCUUCUACCCGCUCCCCUCCAAUACUUAUCCCCACUCUUACUAUAAAACAAAUGAACACUUUGCAUCGUCCAUCACAAUCCUCUUGCUCAUUUCUGUACGAUGACGAACAGCAACAACAAGGACAACGAGAAAAAGACGAAUUCAAUAACCUGAAUGGUGCGACUACCGCGUCUGCGAACACGACCGUAAAUACAGCAGCAUAUGCCACAAGGACCAUCGAUUAUGUCUCGUCCGCGUCUUUUCAUCAAAACACAAUGUUAUUGGAAGAGACCUCGCCCACGUCUUUACCGACCAGCAACUCUUCACCCAACUCGUUUACAAUGCCCUCGCCUCUUCCGCCAUGCGGCGCAACCGGGCUGUCGGAUGAAAUCGGAUGUGGAGAAGGAUCGGACUACCAUCAAUACCUAGUAGCAUCCGAGCAGCUACUACCAAAACAAGACGCCUUUGUCGAACAAGAACAGCAGCAUCCAUUCAGUUUAUCAGCAUCACAUCAAAUAUCAUACCCAACUGCCGGCAUGUAAGUGGGCUUUAUUUCUGCAUGACCCAUUCAUCAUUGUUUCUCCCACUAUAUAGUCCUUAUUCUGCCUUUCCUGUCGGAACGUGCAAUAUCCAGUCUCUAAUCAGAAAAGAGAGAGAUAGAGAAUCAAAAGCUUGGUAUAGACAAGUCGUC